CUUUGCGAUCAAGACUGACAACCUCACGGUCUCUUUCCACGAGCUCUUUCACUUCGAUCAUGGUCCCACCCUUGCAGCCAUGAUCGACACCUUCCUCCUUCAAUCUCGUCGCCAGCAUCGAAGCCUCGUCGUGCUCUUCUUCUUCACUUCGAUCGUCUCCUACCUGACGCUCUCCAGCAGUUUUCUCCCUCAGAUCGUUGACGCUGUUUGGGACUUCGACUGGAGGUACGAGCUGCCCAUCUGGCUGAGCAUGGAGCCGACUAGCGGAGGGAAGGGCUCGUGGCCCGAGCUGGAGGCCGUCAACGAGGUGGCGAGGAGGACGUGGAACUCUACAGGAGCUGCUGUCCUCCUCGACCUCUACUCUCUCGCCCUCCCUCGCCCGGACCUGCUCACGGACGGCUCGCACUACAGCUUCAGAUACCGCAGAGAAGCUGCCGCCCUCCUCCUCUCCAUCUUGUGCGAGGGGCGGAAGGACGCGCAGGCCUCAUGGGGAGGGGAAGGAGAAGAGGAGGAGGGGGAGAAGUGA